AUGGCCCCUUCAAUCUCCCUCGACCAUACCACCCCAGCUGUGGUGCCGGAGUCCAACGAGACCCCUGCGGCCUUCGUCCCGGCCAAUGACCUUUUCUCUUUGGCCGGUCGCACAGUCAUGAUUACUGGAGGAGGCCGUGGAUUGGGUAUGUGCUUGACCACUGCCGUGCUUGAGGCCGGUGGUGAUGUUGCUUGUCUGGAUCUCCUCCCCGAGCCGAGCGAGGAAGAAUGGGGUGCCGUGCAGAAGUUGGCCAACCAGCGCGGCUUGCAGGCAACGUACACACAGUGCGAUAUCACCAAUGAAGAGAACACCAAGAAGGUGCUGGAGGACAUUGCGGCCGAGGGUCUGCGCCGGAACAGGCCCCUGCGCGGUGCCAUUACCUGUGCUGGUAUCCAGCAAAUGGUUCCUGCUCUUGAUUACCCCGUGGAUGGAUAUCGGAAGAUGUUGGACGUCAAUGUGCUUGGAACAUUCAUUCCUGCCAAGCACUGUGCUCGUAUCUUUGUUGAGCAGAAGACCCCCGGCAGUAUUGUGAUGAUCGCGUCUAUGUCUGGUCAAAUCGCCAACCGCGGACUGACUUGCACCGCUUACAACUCUUCAAAGGCCGCUGUGCACCAGAUGUGUCGCUCCGUCGCUCAAGAAUGGGGCCAGCACAACAUCCGUGUCAACACACUGUCAGCAGGAUAUAUUCGUACCGCCAUGACCGACGCUUUGCUCCAGGAAAAGCCCGACUUGGAGGAGACAUGGAUGCGCGGUGCUCUCCUCGGUCGCCUUGGCGCCCCUGAAGACUUCAAGGGCCCAACCUUGUUCAUGCUCACCGAUGCUAGUGCUUGGAUGACCGGUGCUGAUCUUCGUGUCGAUGGAGGUCACUGCGCAUCGGCAUAA